GAGGCUCAAUGAGAACACGUGGCUGGCUGGCAAAGUGUGCCAGCUGGUUCCUUAUGAGAAGGCCAUGGUGCCAACGUACCAUAAGUGGAUGAAGGAUCCGGAGCUCCUAGAGCUAACUGGCUCGGAGCCUCUGACCCUGGAAGAGGAAUACGAAAUGCAGCAGUCUUGGCGCGACAGUGAGGAUAAGCUGACCUUCAUUGUGGUGGAUCGCAGCCUGCCGCCGGAUCCCUCCCUGGGCCUCAACGGGGGAACCAUGGUCGGCGACGUGAACGUCUUCUUCACGCAGGUCGGCCUGGUUGAUGAAGAGGGGCUGGAUCGCUAUGCUGCCGGGGAGAUAGAGGUCAUGAUUGCAGACAGCUCCUCGCGUCGAAAGGGCUUGGCCGCAGAAGCCUUGACCAUGAUCCAGGGCUAUUGCGUUGAGCAUCUCGGCACCAAGUAUUUCGUCGCAAAGAUCAAGGACCACAACGCGCCUUCCGUUGCUCUGUUUGAGCGCAUGGGCUACCGCUUCAUGAAGCACGUUGAGGUCUUCCAUGAGUUGGUUUAUCAGUUGGAUGUGCCAACGCCUCCAGCUAGCAGCGCCGCAGAGUCAGAGAAG